UCCCUAAAGGUAGCCGGUGCAGAACGGGGCGUGUUCGACAUAGUCUUUUUUGGGGGCGUUUGGUGUGUUAGACCCAGUCCUCCGAUUGGUGUUCAUUAGAACCAAUAGUUUACAUCCUGGUCUCCCAGGUUAUUCCUGCUAAUGAGACCCCGCUUCAGCGUCUAGAUUGCGUAUACGUGGUUAUCUUCGUUCUCUCUUUCCCACUCACGCCAACCAACCUGAACGUAAAUAUCAAAGUGUUCGCUACGAUUUCGUUUACAAAAGCUGCAAAAAUUCUCCAUCCAGACCUGUGGCUGUCGCCUGUAAUACCAGCACAUAGCAGGUGGAGGAGGGAAGAUCAGAAGUUCAAGGUCAUCCUCAGUUCAUAGCCAGCUGGGCUGUAUGAGAUUCGGUUUCAAAAGUAAUAAGAAAAUAAAUGUCAGAAUUCUCAAAGUGGAAAGGAUUCUUAAAAGGUUUUUACAUCACUAUCAUCCAAGCAAAUUCUAGAAGGAUAGAUGAAAAAAGAAUAUCAUAUUUCCUUUGUAUUGAAAGAGGUUUAUAUGGAUCCCUGCAGUCGGCCAUGAUGUAGAUACACCAAGUCCUUCUGACUUCACCCAAAACCUUGUCUGUCUACUUAACAUAACCCUGGAAAGGAUCAGGCCCAAAACUUCCUUCCACAGCGGCUCCUGGCACCAUGCAAGGCUGCCUGUGGAGAUGCAUCAGAGUCAUGGCAUCCUUCAUCAUCCUGGGAUUCUUUAUUCGAGAGAAUAAAUCAGCACGUGUCGAGUAUAACACAUUGCAGAAUGAAAAGAAGAAAAUAAUACAGCAGAUAGCUCAGGAGCAAAUCAGCUCUGAAAUCAAGAACCAUCUGAAAUACUUCACCAAGAUGCAGAAAAGUUCCCGUGUACUCCAGCAUGCCAACUACACAUUCCUGGCUGGAACCUCUCUCCAGGGAAGGUGGAUGCUGACCGUGGGGAUCUCCUCAGUGCAGCGUACCCCUGGCAGUUACCUCUUGGACACCCUGAAGUCCCUGUUCCAAGCUUCCACAGAAGAAGACUUGGAAUAUAUGCUGGUACUGGUCCUUCUGUCAGACACCGACCCCACAUGGCUCAACCAAACAGUUGCUAACAUUUCGGGUCUCUUUCUGCCGCACAUUGAAUCCGGGAGGCUGGCAGUGGUCCACGGUCUGCUUGGUGGCUCCUUAGCAAAGAGUGUAGAUCAUACCUCACCCUGUGAAGCGCUUUAUUCCAGGCAGAAAACAAGUUCUGCCCUCCUCAUGAAUUUUGCCAGCAAUCUCUCUGACUACUUCCUGUUGCUAGGAGAUAAUGUGAGGUGUGCCCCCAGGUUUGUGUCUGACAUCUACUGGGCCGUGUUAGCCUGGGAAGAGCUCCCCUGGGUGACCCUGGACUUCUCUAGCAUGAAGAUCUCUGGGAAGGUUUUCCACACCAGGGACCUCCCCCGCCUGACCACCUUCUUGCUCCUCUUCCCCAUGGACGUUCCCACUCACUUGCUUCUCUCUGAAUUCAGUCUUCUCCUGUCUCAAAAUGUUCCCAUUCACUUCAGUUCCUCCAUCUUCUACCACAUGGGCAGUUACUCUGAUCUUGAAGACACAUGCUUUCCUGUGGGGCAAGACAAAGACUUGGGAGAACCAGACAACCCUGUUGCUACGGUCUUCACGAACAUGUUCUCAUUUUGGAAUACAAUUCCACAAUAUGCCUACAUUCUCAAUGAUGACUGCUUAUGGGUCAUGAACCCUGAAAAAGGCAACUACUUGCUGGUGGUCCUGGAAAAGCCACAGAAAGUCGUCCGGGUAGCAGUGUGGACUGGCUCUGCUCGGACUAAGUUGAACUACUUACAACAGGGGCAGGUAUUGCUGGGCUAUGACCCCAUGGACUACCCCAAACGCUGUGCUCACUAUACCUUAGUAGGACCUUUGGUGAGAGGUCAGUUGGACCAGAUGGUAUUUUAUGAGGAAGAUUCUGUGAUGGAGAUUAGUUGUAUAAAACUGCUGGUGACAGCAUCUCAUGACUUCCCCGUCAAAAUCAUACAGAUCAGAGUCUGGACGGAAGGGGAACAAAAGGAAAAUUAGAGGUUCUGGGAGAUUUCUGCAAGGACUGGGUCUAGGAAGAGAGAAAUAAAUCCAUCAAUUGACCAAGAAUUUCUCCUCCUUGUGAA